GCUAAAAAUCAACAGAAGAGAUUUGGAGGAAGAAGAAGGAAGAAGAACUGAACUGAGAAGAAAUUUAAUCAAUCAAUAUUUGUCAAUUGCUGUGUGAAGUACAAGAUCGAUCCUCCUCCUCAGCAUCAUAUAAUCUAUUCAUAGUAAACAUAUACAUACAAUGUCUGCCUUCUUAGCUGCUUCAAGAUCUUCAGCUGCCAUGGCUGUUCGUGCCAUGGCUCAUAAACAAUAUAGUUUAACUAAUACCAGCUUCCAAUUGGCAAGAUUAUAUUCAUCAGGUAAAUUCCCUGCUCAUACUGUCAUCAAUAUGCCUGCUUUAUCUCCAACCAUGACCCAAGGUAACUUGGGUUCUUGGUCUAAAAAAGUGGGUGAUGAAUUGAGUCCAGGUGAAGCCAUUGCUGAAAUUGAAACUGAUAAGGCUUCUAUGGAUUUUGAAUUUCAAGAAGAAGGGUUUUUAGCUAAGAUCUUAGUCGAUUCUGGAGCUAAAGAUAUUCCAGUUGGUCAACCAAUUGCUGUCUACGUUGAAGAAGCUUCUGAUGUAGCUGCUUUUGAAAAUUUCACUGCUGCUGAUGCUGGUGAAGCUGCUCCUGCUGCUCCAGUUGCUGAAGAAGCUCCAAAGGAAGAAUCUAAACCUGCUCCAACCCCAGCUGCUGCUGCUGCUCCAACCCCAAGUGCUUCAUCCACUGUCUCCGCUCCAACUACUAGAAUCUUUGCAUCUCCAUUAGCUAAAACUAUUGCUUUAGAUAAAGGUAUUGCCUUAAAGAAUAUCAAAGGUACCGGACCAAACGGAAGAAUCAUUGCUAAAGAUGUUGAAAACUAUAAGGCUCCAGCUCCUGCUGCUGCUGCUCCUUCUGCUACUCCAGUUGCUGCCCCAGCUGGUGCUUCUUAUGAAGAUAUUCCAAUCACUUCAAUGAGAAAAACUAUCGCUACCAGAUUAUUACAAUCAACUCAACAAUCUCCAACAUAUAUUAUUCAAUCACAAAUUUCAGUAUCUAAAUUAUUGAAAUUAAGAGCUUCCUUAAAUAGUUCUGCUGAAGAUAGAUAUAGAUUAUCUGUUAAUGAUUUAUUAAUUAAAGCCAUUGCAUUAGCUUCAGUAAGAGUUCCAGCCGUUAAUUCUGCUUGGUUAGGUGAAGAAGGUAUCAUUAGACAAUAUAAAAACGUUGAUGUAUCCGUUGCCGUUGCUACUCCAACUGGUUUAAUCACUCCAAUCGUUAAAGAUGCUCAUGCUAAAGGUUUAAGUCAAAUUUCUCAUGAAAUUAAAGAAUUAGGUAAAAGAGCUAAAAUUGGUAAAUUAAAUCCUGAAGAAUUCAUUGGUGGUACCAUUUGUAUUUCUAAUUUAGGUAUGAAUAAUGCAGUUACUGCUUUUACUUCUAUUAUUAACCCACCUCAAUCUGCUAUUGUUGCUAUUGGUACGGUUGAUAAAAAAGCUGUUCCUUCAAAUGUUAAUGAACAAGGUUUUGUCUUUGAAGAUGUCAUUACUAUUACUGGUACUUUUGAUCAUAGAACUGUUGAUGGUGCUGUUGGUGGUGAAUGGAUUAAAGAAUUAAAGAGAAUUAUUGAAAAUCCAUUAGAAAUGUUAAUUUAAAUUUAAAUUUAAAUUUAAUCUAGUUUAAUUAGAUUUUUUUGAAAUGAAAUAUAAAAAAAAAAAUUUGAAAAUAAAGAAAAAACAGCAACAACAUAAUGGCAUUCUAUAUACAUUUAACCUCUAAUACUGUCAAUAUAUAUAUAUAUAAUAAGUUAUUUUCACUAAGAAUUUGUGAUUUUGUUAAUAUUAAUUAAAUUGAAAAAAAUUAAUUAUCGUAGUUUUGUAUAACCAGUUCUAUUAUUGAACCGUACUUCGCCGUCAUAGGCAUCGAUACAAUUUUUUUUCUAGUCAAUUGACAUCUGUGGGCAUUAACUAAUCGUAUCGACAUGUUUUGGUUUGUUGGAAUCGUGGUUCAUCAACUUAGGCAUCGAUUUCAAUUUUUUUCCCUAU